AUGGGCUCCAUGGUGUGGGGCUUCGUCACUGACUUCUUCACCUAUGAGACCACCAAGUCUGUGGUGGUCAAGAGCUGGACUGUGGGCAUCAUCAACCGGAUUGUACAGCUGCUCAUCAUUUCAUAUUUUGUCGGCUGGGUCUUCAUCCACGAGAAAUCUUAUCAGUCGAAAGACACCGGCAUCGAGUCCUCUGUGAUGACCAAAGUAAAAGGCUUCGGAAUCCACAGCAACCAAGUGAUGGAUGUGGCCGACUACGUCUUCCCCCAACAGGGCACAGGUAUCUUCUGCAUCAUGACCAAAGUCAUCAUCACAGAAAAUCAGUUUCAAAGCACUUGUCCAGAGGUGGAAGAGAAGUUUAAUUGUAUCACAGAUGACGACUGCGAGGAGCAUAAAGACAGCAUCCUUUCCAACGGGAAGAUAACAGGUGUUUGCCUUAACGUUACCUCCACCAAUGCCACUACGGGUCAUUGCCAGAUUGAAGGAUGGUGUCCAGCCGAGGAUGACAAAGUUCAGAUCGAUCCGAUGUUGGAUGUGAACAACUUCACCAUCUUCAUCAAAAACAGUGUUCGCUUUCCACUGUUCAAUGUCACCAGAGGGAACAUUCGCUCCUCAAUGACGAAAAAAAAAAUGAGGUCAUGUCAUUACCAUCCGGAGAUGAACCCCUACUGCCCCAUCUUUCGUGUGAGCGACGUGCUGAGCUACACUAAGCAGGACCUUUUUAACCUGACAAACAAGGGUGGAGAAAUAGGAAUAAAUAUUGAGUGGAAAUGUAACUUGGACCUGAACAUUGAGAAUUGUCUACCCAAGUACUCAUUCACGCGACUGGACGCGCCGUUUGCCAAGACUGACAUCUCCAGUGGCUACAACUUCAGAUUUGCCAAAUAUUACAAGACAGAGAAUGGGACAGAAUUUCGGACACUUCACAAAGCAUAUGCCAUCCGCUUUGAUGUUAUGGUCACUGGCAAUGCAGGAAAGUUUGACACAGUUCCAACACUGAUCAACUUGGUAGCUGCCUUCACCUCUGUUGGACUGGGUACGGUUCUCUGUGACAUUAUCCUACUAAACUUCUUGAAAGGGGCAGCCCAGUACAAAGCCAAGAAGUUUGAAGAGGUGUCGGAGGCUCAGAUAGAAGCAUCCCUUAGUCAGAGCCCAGGCAGCCAGCUGUCACUCAAACCAGGUAUCAAAAGCUCCUAUGACUCUGGAGCCAUUUCCCUCGAUACCUCUGAGCAACCUAUCUGA